AUGGCUUGUAUGGAGCUUCUGUACCUCACCAAGAAAGGUAGGCGAUCAGAUCUGUGCAACAAUGUGGACUGGAGUUUGCAAGCCCCUCCCUAUGAACAUCAGAGUGAUGGGGAUGAUAUGGGGGCUAGAACAGCAGCUGCGGUGGCAGCUCUCUGCUGCGAUAGGCACUGCAAGUCUACACAAAGGGCAGCCACAGCAGGUCCCACCCAGGCACCCCUUUCCUCCACUCCUACCCCCUCCUUCUCCUGGCAGCAUGCAGCAGCAUCAAGCAGUACCCAGCCCUGCUGCCAGCCAGCUCACUUGGAUGGAGAAGAGGAAGCAGAAAAGAAGAGAGCCUGUUGCUGUGCCCAGGAACUGGAGACAUCGUUUACUUAUAGGGAUGAAAAUGUCAAUCUGGAGCAUACGAGAAACGCCCCUUCUUCUGUGAAGAGUUGCUGCCAGGUUCCCCCUGCCCAGCAUAGCUCCUCUACAGAGAUCGCAUCUGAUUGGGCUCAUGAUCCUACCUCCCUGAUCUCUGAGGAAGAUGAUACUGGAUCAGAAGCUGGUUCAGGGAAAUCUAUAGACUAUGGGUUCAUUAGUGCCAUCUUGUUCCUGGUUAGUGGGAUUUUGCUCGUUAUUAUUUCCUAUGUGGUACCCAGAGAUGUGACUGUGGAUCCUAACACUGUAGCAGCCAGGGAGAUGGAGCGACUGGAGAAUGAGAGCGCUAGAAUCGGGGCUCACUUGGAUAGGUGUGUGAUCGCUGGGCUGUGUCUCUUAACUCUGGGGGGUGUGGUGCUGUCCAGUUUAUUAAUGAUGUCUAUGUGGAAAGGGGAGCUGUACAGGAGGAAUAGAUUUGCAUCCUCCCAGGAAUCUGCAAAGCUGUAUGGUUCUUUCAAUUUUAGAAUGAAAUCCAGCACAAAUGAUAAUACACUAGAGUUAUCAUUAGUAGAAGAAGAUGCAUUUACCAUAGAUAAUUAG